GGCAAAUGAAAUUGAAAAUUUUAAAGAAUUUAUAGAAUUAAUUGAGUUUGUGAAUAUAAUAUAUUGUGCCACAAGUAUGUACAAUAAGCUCCAAAAGAACAAACGACGAUUUUGGGUGCUUCCUUUGUACUUGGAACGAGAUGUGUCUGUUUUUUUUGCCGCAACUUUCCUAAAGUUAAAAAAUAGCGACCAUGAACAGUUCCGGAUAGCAACAAGCAUGUCUCCAGACAUCUUUGACUGUCUGCUCACAACUCUGAAGAAUAAACUUGAGAACAACUCAACGAGAGCUAUACCAGCGGACUGUCGGCUCUUCCUAACUUUAAUUUAUUUAGCACAUGGCACUAGUAGGCAAUACCUCUCAUUGACGUUUAAAAUGUAUGUGACCGUAGUAAGACGAAUUGUUUUGGAAACGUGUGAGGUUAUAUGGAAUGAAUUAAGUGGAAUUUACCUAUCCUUACCAAACACGUAUGAAUGGGAGCGAAUAGCGGAGGAUUUUAAAAAUAUGUGGAAUUUGCCGAAUUGUGUGGGGGCGAUCGAUGGCAAACACGUCGCCAUAACAUGUCCACCACAUUCAGGUUCAAAUUAUUACAAUUAUAAGGGAACAUAUAGCAUUUUACUAAUGGGUGUGUGCGAUGCGAAUUACACAUUCACUGCGGUUGACAUAGGUGCUUAUGGAAGCCAAAGCGACGGUGGAGUGCUAAACCAGUCGGAUUUUGGAAGGCUAUUGCGAUCAGAAAACAUAAAUUUUCCAGCGGACACAAUAUUGCCAAAUAGCGAAGUCAUGUUUCCUUAUUUGUAUAAAUACAUACAUCUACAAGGUUCUCAAUGCUUUGUGAGCGGUCUUCUUCCAAAAGUGUAAAAUACGAUGCUUCUGCACUUUUUUCAUCAGCAUUUUUCUCACGAAUUGGUUGCGUUG